CAUAUGGGCAAACAUAACCUCAAAGUUAUACAUAACCUCAUUCCCAGUCACAGAGUGCUCGCGGAAAAAUCGUUUUUCUCAUGUUUUCCUGUGAUUAUUUGUUGAAAAUUGAGUGAAUUUUGAUCAAAUGGCCAAUAAAUCGACUUUGAGUGAAUCUACAAAUCUCGAGGAUGAAGUAUGGAAUGAAUUAGUGGCUAUUCCCUCCGACGUUCCCGAACAUCGAGACGUCUGCGAAAGAUGCAGACGUCCUUCGACUGUGUGCUGGUGUCCCCAUUUGCCAACCACUCCCCUAAACCCUAAAUCUCGCGUUAUAAUCCUGCAGCAUCCGGCAGAAGAAAAGCGAUGCCUCCAGACAGCAAAAAUGCUCUCCCUGGGGCUCGCCAGCAACAAGUGCCUAAUAUUCCGCGGCAAGAGAUUUCCCACGCCCAAGCAUGAAUCAACCCUGAGGGAAAUUCUCGAUGAUCCGCGUUCCCUUUUGCUCUAUCCGAGCAAGAAUUCCGUUCCCUUGGAAGAAAUUCCCACCCAUGAGGGUCCAUUCAAUCUCAUCUUGCUGGAUGGGACAUGGUCCCAGGCCAAAGCAAUCUACGCCAGCAACUCUUCUCUCCACCACAUGCGCCAAGUGAAGCUAAUCACGACAGGAAAUAGCAAUUAUGUGAUAAGAACUCAGCCCACUGAAGGGUGCCUAAGUACUCUGGAAACGGCAGCAGAAGUGCUUUCGAUUGUGGAGUGCGAUGGUAUCUAUCGGGAUCAGUUGCUGAAACCACUUCAUGCCCUCUGUGAUUUCCAACUGAAGAACGGAGCUGUGACGCAUCAGUCCAAGGAGUAUCUCAUCAAAACCAACCGAUACCCCAAAUUAAUUGGCCGGAGGCUCCGGAAACUCCUCCGGCAGACAGAAGUAACCGAAACAGAGAAUCAAUGAUGGACUAAUUUAUAUUAUGAGCUCUUACAAAGUAUGGCAAGGUGUCCAGGGGGGCUCUGUAGCUGGGAAGCCAGCGAGGCCCUUGAAAAAUCGUGUUGUCAUUCCCAUCUCUCCAGAUGCCGUAUGGCAGGAAGAUCCCUCUUUCAGUGGUGUUGGGCUUGAGAACAGGAGCCACAAUAAUGUCCUCUCCCAAAAGAUAUUCUAAAAGUGAAAUAAAUUUGUUUAAAAACUGAAAA